CGCGCUUGUCCCGCGCUGCCGCACCACUCCACCGCACGCAGCAUCUAUAAAAUAAAACCGAAAAUAUCGAAUAUUCUUCACUUAAAACGGACUGUCUUACAGAAAAAUUGAAUAUAUCAAUCUCAAAAAGCACGUGUUCUGUUUUAUAUUUGGCGCGAAUCGUGAACUGUCUCCACGUUUUUCCGGCGAGUGAUCAAAGUCACUAGCGCGAAAUUUCACUUUUUACUGAUUGAAGUCUGGUGUCUGUCUGCGCGCACCAUGGCUAUUAUUUGACUCCAAUCGCCUAUAAUGAUCAUACAGAAGUGUAAGCUACGGACUGUAAACUUACGACUAGUAUCCAACUACAAGCACAAAGCGCUUAAUUUAAGAGGGUUUUUAAAUUUUGUUAUUGUCAUGAAAACACGGUAACAGUGUAAACAGAGAAAAUAAAAUUCAUUAAAUUAAAAUGAGUGAAGAAAACAGACUGUUUGUGAAUUCAGCCAAGAUGAACGCGCGGUGUUCUAUAUUCAAACUCGUGCUAUUCCACAUGCUGGUUGCGUGGUGCGGGGCGAUGAACGUGCCGAGAAUUGAUAUAGUCGGGACUCUUGAAGGUGAAGUCCAGGAUAGCAUAAGGAACUUUGUACAUAAUGGUAUCUACUCACACCGACACCUGGAUCCUUCCCAAGUGCAAGUGGUGAUCCCCAAGAAGGUGUCGCACGAUGGCGCGCUACUGUCCAACACGGUCGAUCAUUCCCAUGCUCACGGCCACGCGCGGGCGCGGCGGGACCUGUACGGGGUUGACCACGAGCUUCCGCAUGAAUUGCAUUAUAACCUCACAGUGGAUGGACGGGAAUUUAGACUGGAUCUAAGGCCGUCUGUAACCUUCAUAACCCCUGCGAUGGUGGUGGAACGGCACACGGCACAAGGGCGAACGCGGGACCAGCCCUAUGCAGGUGCCACAUCAUGCCACUACACCGGCUCCGUGCGCGGACAACCGAACUCCAACGUGGCACUCUCCGCCUGUGACGGACUUGCAGGCCUGCUUCGAACGGAAUAUGGAGAAUACUGGAUUGAACCAUCCAACCAACUAGAUAUCGACGACGCUGGUGGACGACCACAUGUUAUGUUUAAGCGAUCCGCUGUGGACAAGGUAGCAGCUUACCACAGAGCGAAGAGAGCUGUUAAUAGCAUUAGAAAACCAUACAAUACCAACACUAAUCCUACAUACAAAGAACAAGAACAAAGAAAAUAUGAAGUACGGAGAUUAAGAGAAAGCAAAGAGGCUAAAGACAAAAAAAGGAGACAAUACUUAGAAGAUAGACGGAGACGACUGGAAGCUCUAAGACGCAACCCUACCGAUUUUAGAAGACAACAAUGGAAAUUACGUAUGGAACAAAGACGAGCACAUACAUAUCCAAGUGCAUCGAAAAGCUCAAGUAGUUCUAUGGAAGCAAAAUCAGAAGCGAACAAGUCUUACGAACAAUUGAUUCAAUCGAGGAACAUAAAUCGAAAAGCAAGUAGCGAACAAAAACCGAGCAGAAUUAGAAAUAGAAAGAAAAGCCGAGGAAAGAAGAGGAGGAAGAGGAACUGUGCAACAAAACAACCACCAUAUCAGUGGAGAACACAAAAUAAGUUGAACGGUCCAGUAGAAAACAGAAUCGAUAGAAGAAACAAAAUUGAUAAAAAUCAUUAUCGAAACCCUAAUCAGUAUCACCUAUCUAAUCGCGGCGGCUUCGAAAUGAGACGGUCAAAGCGGUCUGUGAGCAAGCCUCGACAUGUUGAAGUUCUGCUAGUGGCCGACCGCUCCAUGACUGACUUUCAUAACCAGGGCAAUUUGGAGACUUAUCUUCUCACUAUCAUGAACAUGGUAUCAUCACUUUACAUGGACCCAUCAAUCGGUAACUACAUCAAAGUAGUCGUAGUGAAGAUUAUUCUAGUGGAAGAGAUGGAAUCAGCUUCUAACCUGAAAGUGUCUUCAAGUGCCGACGAGACCCUCACCUCUUUCUGCAGGUGGCAGCAAAGUAUGAACCCUGACAACGACGAAAACCCUCACCAUCACGAUGUAGCUAUUCUAGUGACGAGACAAGACAUCUGCAGCCAGCACGACACUCCUUGUAGCACAUUAGGAGUGGCACACGUAGCUGGUAUGUGCAAGCCGGACCGAAGUUGUUCCGUGAAUGAAGAUAAUGGCAUUAUGUUGGCGCACACCAUCACUCACGAACUCGGGCACAAUUUCGGACUGUACCACGACACGGAGAAGAUCGGGUGCCACCGGCGCGCCGGACCAACGCUGCACAUCAUGACGCCGAUCUUCGAAGCUGAUACGGUGCAGGUGGCCUGGUCGCGCUGCAGCAAACGUGACGUCACCAACUUCUUGGAUGCCGGACUUGGCGAAUGCCUCAGUGAUAAACCGUCACAAGAAGAGUACGUGUAUCCCGAGGUCCCAGCUGGAGUUACUUUCGAUGCGGCUACGCAAUGUCAUCUGCAGUUCGGGUCGGAAGCCAUUGUGUGUGCGAAGCCAUCGGAACUAUGCGAGCAUCUGUGGUGCGUCGUUAACAACACUUGCAAAACCAUGUUGCGGCCAGCAGCGCCUGGAACCACCUGCGGACCAGAUAUGUGGUGCCAAAACCUGACGUGUGUGGCACGACGCCCGUCGCCGACGCCGGUGAACGGCGGCUGGGGCGACUGGUCGCCUUGGAGCGAGUGUUCGCGCUCCUGCGGCGCAGGAGUCUCCAUGCAAACCAGAGAAUGCAACAACCCCGCCCCAAAGUACAAUGGCGAUUAUUGUACAGGGAAUCGCAGCCGGUACGCAGUAUGUAACACGGAUCCGUGUCCACUCAACAAGCCGUCGUUCAGAGAAGUGCAGUGUACGAAGUUCAACAACAUAACUUACAACAACGAAACGAUUUCGGAGUGGAUGCCUUACUUCGAUCCAGACAAACCGUGCGAUCUUCAGUGCGUGCCACGCAAUGGAGACAAUGAGGUGGAGAUGAUCGGAGGCUUCGUCGCCGACGGCACGCCCUGUAAGGAGAGCCUCGGUUCCAGGGACAUGUGCAUCGCCGGCGUGUGCUACAAAGUGGGCUGCGACUGGGUCGUGAACUCGGACAUGGUGGAAGACGCGUGCGGCGUGUGCGGCGGCAACGGAUCCGCCUGCAAAACUGUGCAGGGCAUCUACAACAAAGGCACUACCAAGCAGUCCGGAUACAGUGAGGUCGCAGUCAUACCAGCCGGUUCAAAAAACGUUAAGAUUCAAGAGAAAGUCAGUCCUGGAAAUUAUAUCUCUAUCGGUAGUGCCAAGUCAAAGAAGCUUUACCUUACGGGAGCCCGAAACACAACGUUUACGGAAUAUUUUGUAGCGGGAUCUCAAGCUGUAUAUGAAAGAAAUCGGGACUGGGAAAAAGUUAGAAUUGCCGGACCCAUCGCUGAGGAUAUUAAAGUUUACCAACUUAUAUUCAGCAAGCAUCGUAACCCCGGAGUGACGUACCAAUAUACGGUAGACGCAAACAGAACGUCAGUGCAACAUCGGCCGCGGCCGCUGUUCAGCUACCGCCUAUCCGAUUGGUCGCCGUGCUCCGGCAGCUGCGGCAAAGGACAUAUGAGACGGCACUUGCAAUGCAUUGACUCACAUCACCGAGUGGUGGACGAGGCGCAGUGCUACCACAUCGAGCCGCCGCGACACGAGGCCAUGAUGCAGGAGUGCGAGCUGCCCGCCUGCCCGGCGACGCACUGGCGGGUGAGGUCGUGGCUGCCCUGCGAGAAGUCCUGUCACAUGCCGGGCGUAGAAGCAAAGAAAAGGCGAAUCGUUUUCUGCGUGGAUAGAAUAAAAAACAGAGUGGUCCACGACCAAGAGUGUGAUCCUGCGAGUAAACCUGCAAGCGUUAUCAAAUGCGCAGACAUGCCCGCUUGUUAGUAAUGAACAUGACAUCGUUGAAGUUUAUUUUUUAUUGAAAGGUUACUGCCGUUAACCAACAUCGAAAAUGGCCCAGAGUCAAAAGCAUUUAAUAUUGCAUCAAAAGAGAUGUUGAUCAAACAUAUUUUUAAGGAAAUAAUGUGUCUUAUUGUCUGUCACUUCCAUUUUGUAGUGAAGAAAAGAAGUGAGUAUAUAAUACAUUUUUAUUAUUACUUCACAAUGGACUCCGGUCUUGCAAAAGUUAAUAAAUUCUGUUUUGAUCGUGUGAAUGUGAACUUUUUCUAGUGCUUGUUAAUAAGUCAGUGACUUACACUCUUUAAAAAGUAACCCAUCGAUAGACUUAGCAUAUACCUAAGUCUUAACGUUAGUGCUAGAUUAAGGUGACCGAGAGAGGAAGAAGAAUCUCACGUAAAGCUCUCCAAUUACCACUUAAGUUUGGGCCACACUUAUUAGCACGCGUUCGCAGUUUUUGUAUCAGGAUACCACACACGGCAACCUAUCACAAACACGAAUUUCAUUUUUCCGUAUCUCGUUAUUCCGAACACUUUUCUACUUUUUCAUUUGUGCGUUAACUGUUUUGGUAUUAAUUUGUAACACAAAAAUACCUUACAGCAGAAUUAUCGUUUGCCCGACUACUGAAAACUAUUAUUAGAAUAAUUAUUACAUAUGUAUGUAUAUGUAUUCUUUUAGCACAAGUUUGUUUGGUCAAUUCAUGUUUAUUAACAAUAUACUGAAUUAGUCAAACGGAAUGUUGGGGAAAUGAGAAUCGGGAAAUGAAUAACUUGUCAUUGUGUCAAAAUAGUGAAACAUUAAAUAGUGUAAUGAAAAAAAUCACAACGAGUUUUCGAACAAAUGAAACAAAAUCUGUUAAAUAAAAGCCGAAAGGUUUUCGAAGAAACAAAAUUCUGUAAAUCAUUCUUCUAAUUUGUGACAGGUAACUCUCACUUUCCUGAUUAGGAGACUACAGUACCUCAGAUGGCAUUGGUUGAUUCCGCAUAGCAGUUGAAUCAAUCACUGGGGGAAAAAAUAUAUAUAGUAAAAUUGAUUACUGUACGGUGUGAGAACACGAUACCUAAAAACAUUCAUGAUAAAAAAAACACAAAUUUACCUGAAAAUUUCACAAGAACACCACUGUAUUCAAUAGGUACAGGUCCUUUACAUAUACCAAUUUUUUUAUACCAAUUUUUUUUUAAUGUGAACUGAGCUAAAUCGAACACGUAUGCUAUACGACAUACAUUUUCCUAAUGGCUUUAAUUUCGUAGAUAGAAAAACAAAUUCUGGAAUAAAGCCAGUAUCCCUUCCACUCGACCUAAUUUUCCUUGAUUUAGUUGAUAUUUAAAAAAAGAAAUGCAUCGUUCUUGUUAGCACCACUGCCAUGCUAUUGUACGCUGAAGCGUACGAUAUGCCACAGUGCUGGUCCUGUCAGUCAGUGUCAGUUUUUUUUUGUUCAUCAUAACCUCAGCAGGAGCCCCUCCAAUUGCAGUGCUGUCAUAGUAAAUAAAUAAUCAGUAUAGUUACUCCUAACCUACUUACUUUUUACUGCCCGUAAGCGAAAUCAACCGAUAAGCAUUGUAAAAAAGGUUUAAACCUUUCAACCUAAACCUCGGCCCUGCCCGCUAUUUUGAUAAAUGGGGGUUGAUGUCGUUCGCGUCCGCGGGCUGUUUUUUACCCUAGUUUCCCCGCACGUGAUCCCUGGGUGGUGCCAAACGAAC